CCUCAAGCUUGAGUAUCAGACCCGUUGAUUUGACUGCUCAAGUAACACAGUUAAGAGGCUCUCGAAAUCUGAGGGCACCGCACAUACACUUUUGGCCAGGAGCCACUGCUCGCUUUGCGCCCUCCAUAUCUAGUCGGCUAACCAGCGAGAAAGCAUACAAAUGCGUCCUUACCGCUCCAUUGAUUUUCCUUCUUAAAUGUAGCACUUCUGCCACUGAUCUUCACGCUCAGCAAUGAAUCUCGACGCCGUGAAUCAGACCCUUAAUUCGAUUGCAGGCAAAGCCCAAAAAGAACAGGGGCUCUCUGCGCAAUCGUUUUUGAUCUCGCUAUGCCUCUACGGCAGUCUAAUCAUAGCAUGUACCGGCUUAUUUACUUGGCUGAAAAAUGUCAGCUAUGCGAUUUUCCAGCCGAGUUGCAUAGAUGAUCCAGCAAUAGAGCCACUGCCACGGGGCAUCAGUUGGCUUAGGAAGCUGCGAACGGUGACCGAAGACUCGAAUACUGUUCAAAUCAAGCACGGCUUGGAGAGUUAUUUGGUCCUGCGCUUCUUGCAGGUAGCGUUCAAAAUACUCGCUGUGCCAUCGCUUUUUGUCCUGCCCGCGUUGCUGCCGGUCUACUAUACUGCCGGCCACGCAGCAGUAACAGGACUUGACCAGCUGAGUAUCUCGAAUGUGCAGCAAGGCCAGAUUGCACGUUGCUGGAUUAUCGCCACUGUGGGUCUGUUUCUCCACCUAUAUUUCUGUCACGUCCUGUGGAAGGAAUUCCAUGUCACCACGAAUAUAAGGCAGCAGUAUCUCCGCCGGAUGGCACGCUCAGCAGUCAUCCCCCCAGUCCUUGUCACCAACAUUCCCUCAGACAUCCAGGACCGAGAAAUCCUGACACAGAUCUUCGUUCAGUUCUGCAAUCAUGUUGAAGUCAGUUUUCCCUUGGAGAGCAAUCGUGUGGUCAAGGAGGCGGAAUACAAUGAGCUUCUCUGCAGUGCAGUGCACCAGCCAAUGCAGAACUGCAGAGGAACAAGAAAGGAUCGGUUUGUACGGAUGAUGUCCCGAUUUCACGUGAAACGACGCAUGCAACACCUGAGGACUGAACUGCAGCAUUCCCGGAGCAUUGCCAUUGUACAAUUUCCGUCUCUGUUGGCCGCACAUCUCUGUCUGCAAGUUCAGCUAGGACAGAAGCCGUCCACCAUGGGUACCCGUGUCAUUGACCAAUCUACCAUAAUUGAUUCAAGGGUCUGCAGGGGCAGAGCCUCAAUUAUCAUUCAAAAUUGUCUAACCACUGUGUUCCUGAUCUCUUGCUCAUUGGUAUGGGUAGUUCCCAUCGCUAUGACCGGGCUACUGUCCCAGGUGGUCUACUUGCAGUCAUUGAGCGCAUUCGUGGCUCGGCUGUCGGAAUAUCAGUUGGGCUUCAUUCAAGCGCUCCUGCCACAGGUCGCUCUUGCCGCAUUGAUGUGCGGCUUUCCGCUGAUGAUAUCGUGGUUUUCAAAGUUGUUUUGUGUCUACAGUGAUGCGUCGCGACAGGUCCUUGUUCAGAGACACUACUUCUUCUUCCUCUACGUUCAGGUCUUCCUCGUGGUUUCGAUUUCCUCCAGCUUGACGACAAUGAUUCCAGACAUGAUACGAGAUAUCCAAGCCAUACCCGCUCUACUGGCUCGAAAUCUACCCAAAGCCUGCGACUACUUCUACUCGUACUUGCUAAUGCAGGCUGUCACUCAGUGUGUUUUAGCAUUCUUCCAGCUCCCACGGAGCCUCUGGGAAAUGUUGACGACCAAGCCGAAAACAUCCACUCGCACGAUGAUCACUUGGAACUUAAUCUAUCCUGUUCUGACAAAUCUUCUCUGCAUUUGCAUGAUAUUCUCUAUCACGUCACCUCUUAUUCUUCCCGUGGGCACCCUCGUUUCCGGAACUCUUUGGGUCACAUAUGCCUAUCAGGUUAUUUAUGUUAUGGAAAGCCCCGUAGACACCGCAGGCUUACUCUAUUGGGAAGCACUACAACACCUGUUCGUGGGAGUCUAUACCUUAGACCUUUUUCUUGUUGGGCUCUUCAUGUUGCGGGAUGCGUAUGGACCGGCGGUGCUGGCCGCCGUAAUACUCGCGCUAGUGGCUGCACUCCAGUAUUAUUCCCACCAGCACUUCCGUCCUCUUGUUCAUUACCUCUCAGCGAGUGGUUCCUGUACAGAUCCCUAUUUUGCAGAGCAAAUCAGUUUCUGAUUGCCUGGCUAUCCACUUCUGUGAGUUGUUUGUACUCGGCGCUGUGAAUCCUCGUUGGGUCCCGAAUGGGGCGCAAAGCGAAGAUUCGUGGAUGCGCGACCCAUGCCCGUUAUAACGAAUGAGAGGCGAUGCCUGACCCGCCAAUGAGAGGGGUGAGCUAGAAGUGG